AUGUCCAAGUUUGGCAAGUUUGACAUUGUUGUAGUGGAUCCACCUUGGGAUAUCCACAUGUCGCUUCCAUAUGGAACGCUUUCUGAUGAAGAUAUGUACAAUAUACACAUCCCUUCCUUGCAAGAAGAAGGGCUCUUGUUUCUUUGGGUGACAGGACGCGCGAUGGAAUUUGGGCGCUCCUUAUUGCGAAAAAUGGGGUAUAUGCGCAUCGACGAGCUGGUGUGGAUAAAAAUUAACCAAGUGCAACGGCUUAUUCGUACUGGGCGUACUGGCCAUUGGCUCAAUCACACAAAAGAACAUUGCUUCGUGGGCCUGAAAAUGCCAGGCAUGCCGCCCAUGGAUGCACCACCGCCAGGCAUGUGCCUCCCAAUUCCACAAUGGCUGAAUAGGGGUAUCGGUAAUGACGUGAUUGUAACGCAAGUCCGGGAUACGUCAAGAAAGCCUGACGAGCUCUAUUCCAUGAUAGAGCGCAUUUGCCCUGGCGGCCGUAAAAUUGAGCUUUUCGGAAGACAGCACAAUAUACGUCCCGGGUGGCUCACGCUUGGAAACCAACUGAAAGGCACCCAUGUCGUCGAGAAGCGAUUACGUGAGGCGUGUGCAGAGCAAGGCAUCACCAACACAUAG